AUGGGUGGAAGGGCUAUUUCAAUGAAAGAGUUAGAAGAUGCUAGAAAAUGGCUUGACCUUGGUUUGGUGGAAGAAUUGAAGAUAAUGGGAUCUUAUUAUACAUGGUCUAAUAAUCAAGAAGGGGGAAAUCGUAUCUAUUCUAAGUUGGAUAGGGUGUUCUCUAAUGAGGAUUGGUUGCACUCUUUUCGUAAUGUUACUGUUGUUUCGCACUGGGAAGUGGUUUCAGAUCACUGUGCUAUUCUUUUGAAGCAAAUAGCAGUUCAAAAUGAAGGAUUCAGGACAACAUUUUUGGCCAACUGGUAUAAGCCUUUAAAAGUUGAGGGUCGUGGCUUGGAGCAGGUCGUUUGGAAGCUUAUCCGCCUCAAACAUGUGCUGAAGAAAUUCAACUGGAGGGUUAUUGGAGAUGUGGUUAGAAACUAUGAGGAAAGUAAAGUUCUGUUUCAACAGGAAAAAACCAAACUUUUUUCAGACCCGAAUAACAGCAACUUGUGUACUGAAGAAAGAACAACAUUUCUGGAGUUUAAGAGGCAGGAGAAUCUUUAUGCUAGUUUUGUUUAUCAAAAGAGUAAGAUUGAUUGGCUCCAUUUUGGAGAUGAAAACUCCUCAUUUUUUCAUGCUAGUUUGAAGAAAAGGAAAAUUGCCAACAGGAUUGUGACUUUUGUUUCUGAUGGAGGCCGAGUUGAAGAUAACUACCUAAAGGUGAUCAAUCAUUUUGUUCAGUAUUUUGAGCUUUUCUUGGGUAGUUCAAGUAAAGCUUCAGGUUAUAUUGAUCCUAUCACAAUAGCUUUGGGUCCGGUUCUGAACUUUGAUGAUCAAUUGGAAUUGAUUAAACCAUUUUCUUGUCAAGAUGUCAAAGUUGCUAUGUUAAUUAUUAAUUCUAUAAAAAGCCCUGGUCCUGAUGGUUUUGGAGCUGGCUUUUUCAAAGCUUUAUGA